AUGUACAAACUCAUCGCUUUGGCAUUGAUUGUUUCAUCUGUAUUUGCUGUUCAAAAGGACACCAAAACAAUUUUAGCAGAAAUAGACGCUGACAACUUUGGUAACACUAUUCUCUCAACUGUCCAAAUGUAUUUACAAUCAAAAGGAAAUGCUGAAGAAAUCUUAGUGCUACUUAAUUAAGUCUUGGCUGGAUUGGUUGACGAUUAAAACAAACACGACAACGUUAUCAGAGUUGACAGAUCAGCCUGCACUCGUAUUAUUACAGAUUUAGAAAACUCUAUCGCUUAUCAUACAGCCUAAGUAGCUGCCAAUGCUCAAAUGAGAGAAGAUAAUGAAAAGGCUUUGGCUGAAGCUGAAACUGAUGUCAGAUAAACUAUCUAAGACAUAGAAAGCAACGAAAGAACCUAUGCUUAAGAGGAAGCCAACAGAAAUAAGGCUCAUGAAACAUGGGUUAGAAAGAAUGGAGAACAUGAUGAUGCCAUUGCAGCUGUUGAUGAAGCUACCAAAUUAGUCUAACAUCUUUCUUUGGGUGCCACAUUUGCUGAGCUUAAACCCAAAUUCGAAGCUGUAUAAAAGAGAUUAAUCGAAAACGAAAGUCACGGUGCUCUCUUUUAACCCAUCGUCACUGCUUUGACUGAAUUAGCCACAAAGGUUGAUUAAAAGGCCAUCCAAAGAAUUCUUUAAUUGCUUUCACAACUCAGAUAACAAUUGGUAGAAGCCAGAUCUGUUUUAGAAGAAACCGAAAACAGAUAAGCUUAAAGAUGGGUUGAAUUUUCCACUCAUUUGAGCAAUGAGCACAAUAGAUUGGUUGAUAGAAAGAAUCAAUUGGAAUAAGCAAUUCAAACUUUCAAGACCAAUAUUGAUACUGCCACUCAUUUCCAUGAGGUUCAUCAAUUGGAAUUAGAGUAAGCCCAAGAAACCUUAGAUGCUGAACAUGAAUGGUGUGACCUCCAAGAGAACACUUACAGUGUUUAAUCUUCAGAGAGAACAAGACAAUAGGAAAUCGUCGAGAGAAUAUUGGAACACUUGACUGAGAAAUUAACUGCAACAUCCCAAUACCUUGGUGGCAGAUUCUGAGAUUAAUACAUAAAUAUUAAAUAUUAU